CAUGGGCAAAAACGCUUACUUACUAGGGGUUUUAGUUUCUUUGGCCGACAAUCUGGUAUAUUAUGCCGUCUAUGGUAUAUUUUGAAUGUGGUACUAUAUCGAUAUAACAAAUAUACCAUUUGGUAUAUUUUUAGUAUUUAUGCAGUAUAUUCGGUAUAUUUUGAGAAAAAUACCGCAAAUUACAUUUCUUUUAUUCAAAAUGGGUAGCGGGUAUCUCACAGUCGAGUACACUCGACUGUACCUUUCUUACUUGUUAUGCUUUUGAAGCACUCAAAUCCUUGAGAAAGCUUACGUAACAUAUUUCACUCACAAAAGUCAUUUAAUGUCAUUCCCAUCUGUGGUUGGGUUUCUUUCAAAUUUGCCUUUGUUUCUAUGUGUCUAUAUAAAUGUAUUUAUCUUAAGCUCUUUUUUAUGCACAUUUUGUUAUAUUUUUAACGAAAAAAUACAAUUAUGUUUUAUUUUUAAACAUAAAUUUGCAAUGUGGAACCAAAUGGUUAUUACUUUAUUUAAAACUGUUGGUUAAUUGCGCUUCAAAUUAUUUGAAUUUCUCUUGAAAUUUAAAGCGUGUAUUUAUGCAUGCUUCACUUCUAUUCUUAAAUGUUAAAUUGUACACAAUUGUGAAUCGAUUUUGAUAAUAAUAAUAAUACUUAAUAGAUCGUAUAGGUUGAAAAAAUCUAUUGAAUAGCCAAAAGUCAGAAGGUUUUAGUACAUUAUUCGCCUACAACAUGUUAAAGUAUUUUCUGAUCUGGAGUUCCUUAGGAUUUUUAGUGUGUGUGGCUCAUAUCACAUUCACGAAUUUGAAGUGCAGCUUUGCAAAUGAAACUUAUGGCGAAAUCAAACUGUGCCGCAUCAAAGCCGUCAAUCGCACACACAAAUAUCUUUCUUUACAUAUAAGUCUUAAUACGAUUCUUGAUAACUUGAAUGGUAAUCUGAAGCUAAUGCGCUUCGACAAUGGCUAUAAGCCAUUUUUCAUUGAUAUAACCUAUGAUAUAUGCAAGUUCCUGAAGGAUCCACAAAAUAUCUUCGUAAAGGCAUUUUACAAUACGUUUAAAGAGCGGUCCAAUAUGAAUCAUACAUGUCCUUAUGAACACGACGUUAUUGUUGAUAAAGUGUGGACUGGAAAUCUUGAGCAGGGUUUUGGCAGAUUUCUGCCAACACCAAAUGGCGACUUUGCACUUCUUUUCACUCUUUACACAAAUAAUAAUGCUUUUGCGCAUUUUAAUCUCUAUUUAAGAAAAACUUAGAGAAUACAAAUUUCAUGCAUUUUAAGAAAUCAAUAAGAUAAAGUUUUCAAAAGAAUUGUCUCAACAAAAUUAAUAACAAUAGGACGAAAUGUUUAUUUAUUCAUAUAAGAAUAUUUCGGUAUAUUUUGAAAGUAAUAGUAUAUCGGUAUUCCAA